GUUUAGUUCUGUUAGACUUACUGAAAUUCCCUAGGAAAAUAUGAGCACAUCUGAAAAUGUGAACUUGUCCAACAAAGGGGUUGUAUUGUGUCUUUCUCAAAGUUUUACCAGCCAGAAGAAGUGUAACAUAUCACAUAUGGCUGAUCCGCCAAUCUGACGAUUCUCUCCAAUAAUAACAACGAUAACCAAGUUGGUUUUGUGGGUCAGAGGUCAUUCUCCCCACUCACAGAUAUAGACUUUUAAUUCCUGUAUGAGUAGCGCCUGGUAAUCCUUCCCUACAGCUAAAGCAAUCACAUCCACGUAUGUCUGUUGGAGAUAACUACACAAUCUUUACCACAAGAGACAAACAAAAACACAAUUUCCUUGUAAAGGGCCAUACAGACAUCCAUUUCUCAGCUGCAAUUUGCUGGCACUCCCAUCGCUAUAGGGUGGUCUCAAUCUGACACCCACUUGAGGGCAUGUUGUGAUUACAUUUCGUGCGAGACAGAACAUUGUGUGCGUUUUUAAGACAGCCUGAGUGUCUGAUUGGAGAAAAACAUCAACCAGCAGUGGAUCCAUGCGAGUUUGCUGUUAGUUCAGGUGGGGUUAAAUCGGUUUCUGCCAUAUGGUCUCUGGGCCCCUGAAACGAAGCAACAAUGGGCCCAUUGUCACCUGUUGAACAUGCAGAACCACUUUGUUCUCCUAUUUUAUCCAUGGCACGAGGAAGAGAUAAUCAUCAAAUUUAGCAUGACCGGAAGUGUUGUGGAAGAACGCACGCGACCGACGACGCAUACGGGCUAUACAAUGCAGUGCAAGGGACAUUUUUGAGAAACUCUAUUCUUUAAUAUGUAUCCUAUUUGUCAUCUUUCUCUUUUUUUAAGCCAAACAAAACGAUAAUUCAGUUAUUCAUCUCGUCUUCUAACGACAUUAGAUGCAUUCUCAAACCAACGGAACGGUUUUAUUUUGAAAGGUUUACCACCGGAAGUGAUUGAGCCCACUCUCGCUCCAACCUGCUCCGGUAAUAACGUUACGCCGGCCGGGAUUAGCUAGGUUAGCCCGAAACAAGUGUCUGAAAUCGCCCUGUCCUUAAAAAUGUCUCACCCAAUACCGACGGAGAAGCCUUCAAACCCCGAGAACCCUCGCGUCUUCUUCGAUGUGGACAUCGGCGGAGAAAAAGCUGGCCGGAUAGUUCUGGAGCUGUUUGCGGACAUCACCCCCAAGACUGCGGAAAACUUCCGAGCGCUGUGCACUGGAGAGAAAGGCACUGGGAAGUCGACUGGGAAACCACUGCACUUCAAAGGAUGCCCCUUCCACAGAAUCAUCAAGAAGUUCAUGAUCCAAGGAGGUGACUUCUCCAACCAAAAUGGCACCGGGGGCGAGAGCAUCUAUGGGGAGAAGUUUGAGGAUGAGAACUUCCACUACAAGCAUGACAAGAUGGGUCUGCUCAGCAUGGCCAACGCCGGCCCCGACACCAACGGCUCCCAGUUCUUCCUCACUACGGUCCCCACUCCGCACUUAGACGGCAAGCACGUCGUCUUCGGACAAGUGUUGAAAGGGAUGACAGUCAUAAAAAUGCUGGAGGCCAUCGACACCAACGAGGACAUCCCCGUCAAGCCGUGCUCCAUCGCAGACUGCGGCGAGCAUAAGGACGAGGACGGCGGCGCCGGGCCGAGCGACGGGACGGGCGACGCCCACCCCGACUUCCCCGAGGACUCUGACGUCGACUUUAAAGAUGCGGACAGCGUUCUGUCCGUGGCGGAGGACGUGAAGAACGUCGGAAACACUCUGUUCAAGAAUCAAGACUGGAAAGCUGCAGUCAGCAAAUACAGCAAAGCCCUCAGGUACCUGGAGGUGAGCAGAGAGCUGCUGGCGGAGGAGGCGCAGCAGAAGCUGGAGCCCACCGCCCUCAGCUGCUUCCUCAACACCGCGGCGUGUAACCUGAAGAUGGAGCUGUGGCAGGAGGCGCUGGACAGCUGCAAUGAGGCUCUGGAGCUGAACCAGGAGAACACAAAGGCUCUUUUCCGGCGGGCUCAGGCCUGGCAGGGCCUGAAGGAGAAAGGCAAAGCCAUGAUCGAUCUGAAGAAAGCUCACGACGUGGCUCCGGAAGACAAAGCCAUCGGCAACGAGCUGAAGCGGGUCCAGCUGAAAAUCCAGGAGGAGAAGGAGAAGGAGAAGAUGAUCUACGCCAAGAUGUUUGCGUGAGCGCCUCCUCGCCCAGCAACGAAGCUCCCGCUAGUCCCGUCUGUCGAUGUUUGAGGUCACCUGCACGUCUGUAACCGUAACUUCUCUCGGGCCGCAGGUCCUUUCAUGUUUUCGAGCGGGGCUCCGCCCUCACUGUUGUUUUUAAAGGCAUUCCAGUUGUACGCUUUGACCCGUCUCUAUUCGGACACGCGUCGUCACUGUCAUGAGUAUUUUUUUGAUCGUCGGUUGACUUAACAGUUAGUGGGUCGGCGAAGCAGCAAGCAGCCCGUUGCGGUUUCAUUGUUUGGUUUUGAUACCGCGCCCUCGGCCACACGGCGCAUCCAUCUGUUUUUAUUUGUUUUUUUACAGAGAUCAAUAAAGUGAGAAAAAAGAGGUGAACAUUUCAAGAGUUCUUUAUUAUUCAUUUCUGUGAUGUUUUCAUUUAAUGUACAAUAUGCUGUGGAUGAAAUGCUGUCCAGACGUACCUAGAAUAAAUGCUGAUAUAAACCUUCA